AUGCUCCCCCACGGCAUCCCCUUCAACAUCUUCGUCGCCGUCUGCGUCCUCUUUUCACUCUACCAAGGCUGGACCUGGUGCUCGACACCGCCCCCCGCCCUCGUGAUUGAGAUCAGGAAGCCCGCUUCAACACAGACUGUCACCAAAUCAAGCGAAACCGUCACGCGAAUCUGCCGCGCCUACGCCGCAAUCCUCUUCGCAGUGCCCACGAACCGCCCGCCCUCGCUGUACGAAUACCUCCACAUCGCCGCCGCCUGCGCCCCGUCCCCGGCGCGCUCCAAGUCUUCCUCCGCCCGGCGCUGCUCCACACACCAGAUUUAUCUGGCUGUCGAGGGCACGUUGAUUGAGUACUUUCCUCACGGGGGUUUCUUCUCCAACUCCAACUCCAACUCCAAUCCCAAUAAGAACAAUCGCAAUACAAACGAUAACAACAUAAUCCACAACAACAACACCGUCGUGACUACGCUUGUCACAGCCAUCCUCUUUGACGAGGACACGCGCACCAUGUACGACCACCUCUUCGAGCCUUCACUCUCUGGCGGCGCGAGCGAUCGGAUUGCGUUUCUCCAGGAGAAGUGCGGCGAGGCGUGGCGGUAG